GGAGCUGCGCAGGCUGAUGGUGAAGAAGAGGCUCGAGCUUUGUUGUUUUGCUAAGUGUUGACAGCUGCCGCGUCCUCUGUUCGCCAGCUGAAGAGUUUAAAGUGAGAGGCGAGCUCGCGACGCGGUUCACGCGCUUAUUAACCGUAACUGAAACCUAGAAAAUUCUGCUGCUUCGAACCGAAACAUCCCGGAAACGGCAAACAUGAAAUGGAUGUUCAAAGAGGAUCACUCCUUGGAACAUCGGUGCAUAGAGUCCGCCAAAAUCCGCAGCAAGUACCCUGACAGGGUCCCGGUGAUUGUUGAGAAGGUGUCUGGAUCACAGAUAGUGGACAUCGACAAGAGGAAGUACCUGGUCCCUUCGGACAUCACAGUGGCUCAGUUCAUGUGGAUCAUCAGGAAACGCAUCCAGCUGCCGUCGGAGAAGGCCAUCUUCCUGUUCGUGGACAAGACGGUGCCUCAGUCCAGCAUCACGAUGGGGCAGCUGUACGACAAGGAGAAGGACGAGGACGGCUUUUUAUACGUGGCUUACAGCGGCGAGAACACCUUCGGUUUUUAGGAACCGGCCCCACCGGCUCCCACCCCCACCCAGAUCCAUUCACGGCCCUCACUUAGCCCCUGCAGACAGCGAGGGGAAACCCCGGAGAGAUUUAAAGAUGGGAGGACACACCUGAGCGGUGUGUGUGUUCAGGUCUUUGUUGCAGCAUCUUUACAGAGUCAUAGAUUCAGUGUGUAACAUUUCAGCUCCUGGUUUGAUGUCGUGGUUUGAGCCUUUUAGGAGGAAACUUGAUUUUUUUUUUUUCUUGCUUUUUUAAGUGAAAUGUGUGAAUGAGUUUUUGCUUUUAGUUGUGUUUUAUUUGAGGAUAUUUUAAUUUAAUUCAAGAGAAUUUUAAUGUAACUAUUUGAAGGUGAGGUAGCUGGAUGACCUAACCAAUAAAAGAUGAAAACUAGA